AUGAAGACACAGGGGGAUUCAAUAUCCCCAGUUCAGCCAAGUGUGAGUAAUCUGGCCCAGGCCUGUUCUCUUCCUUCAGAGGCACAAGUUCAGGAUAAUCCGAGUUACAACUGCCAACCAUAUGAGUCAGACGUCAGGACAGAAAGAAAGAGCUCAGAGUCUUCUCACAGCCCCAGCCCUGCUUCCCCAGGACAGGAUCAAAUUCAUGGGAUAUACCCUAUAAGCCAAGGAAUUCACUGUGGCAAGAACAAAUUCAAACCAUCCUUCGGUACAGAGAAAUUCAGGCGGUACAGUUACGAGGAAAGUCCUGUAGGAAACUACGACAGGUUCCUCAAGAGCAGCAGGAACCCCUUCCACCCCUACAAGAGGCAGAUCAGUGAGGAUGUCUUCCAGGAAGCACAUCAAGCCCUUCCACCAGAAGCUUCACCCUUCAAAAAUCAUAGAAGCAUCGACGGUUUUGAGGAUCUACCAGGAUCUACAGGUCCUGAUGAGUCAGAGUCAUUUCCUACGCACAUUCCCAACAUCUCCACAGAACAACCAUGGUGUAACAGCCUCCAGUACAGCACCACGGGUCAGGAUCACAGCUCACAAGUCAUGCAGGAUUCAGACAUGAAACUUAGGACAUCCCCACUGGAAGGGCAGCCUGGUCUGUAUUGCUAUCAGCCUCAAGUGCAGCAGAUGUAUUGCCCCUCACAUCCUUUCCAUCAGUACCCUUCAGGAGGCAGCUACCCUGUGACGUACAUCACUUCUUCCCACUACCCUUACCAACGAAUUGCUCCUCAAAGCACUCAAGAAUCCCAGCAGCCUCUGUUUCCCAAACCCAUCUACUCCUACAGCAUCCUGAUCUUCAUGGCUCUCAAAAACAGCAAGACAGGGAGUUUGCCAGUCAGUGAGAUUUACAAUUUCAUGACGGAACACUUCCCUUACUUUAAGACAGCUCCAGAUGGCUGGAAAAAUUCUGUGCGCCACAAUUUAUCCUUGAACAAAUGCUUCGAGAAAGUUGAAAACAAGUCAGGCAAUUCUUCUAGAAAAGGCUGUUUGUGGGCUCUGAAUCCAGCCAAGAUUGAUAAGAUGCAGGAGGAGCUUCAGAAAUGGAAGAGGAAAGACCCAGUGGCUGUGAGGAAGAGUAUGGCAAAGCCAGAAGAACUUGACACCCUGAUAGGCGACAAAGGCGAGAAGCUGAGAUCUUCCCUGCUGUCCUGCAGCCCGACUGGCGUUGCAGGUGCCUCCCUUUCCAGGCAGAUGGCAGCCCAGUCCCAUUCCUUGUGCGAGCCCUCUCUCUCCUCCGGGAUCUCACAGCCCUUGCACAGCAUCCACACCUCGGGAGCUCUGCAUGUCAAGAACUCCUUACCCAAUCUGCUGGGGGGGCAGCAACCUUCAUGCUAUCCAUCCCCACAGGGGUACCCCCAACUCUCAAACGCAUUAAUGCAGCAGGCACAAGACCCUCAGAGCCUGUUUGCUUCUGGGGAGGCUCAAAGCGAGCUCCGAACUCAGCCCAGCAUCGCACAGGAUUCCCCACUGCCCGCACAGACCCCCCCGAACUGUGCGGUGAAGAUGCUGCCGGAGCAUUCCACAGACAGGACGGUGCAGGACACGCUCAUGCAGGAGGGAGACCUCAGCAAUGACAUCGAUGCUCUUAAUCCAUCCCUGACUGAUUUUGAUCUCCAAGGGAAUCUUUGGGAGGAGCUGAAAGAUGACAGCCUUGCUGUGGAUCCUCUCGUCCUCAUUUCAUCAUCCCCAAUGUCUUCCCAGUGUUUCCCCUCUCACUGCCAACUAGAGAACAGCAGCACCGUCCCCAUCCCGAACGGAACUCCCCAUGGCAACGUCCCUGACAUCCAGCUCACCACUCUGUACUCUGCCUUUAUGGAGCUGGAUACAGUGUCUCCUGCCUACCUGAGCAAUCCUGGAUCCAAACCCAUAGCACUAAUGUGA